AUGGCGAUGGCUUCCGGCUCAAAUUCCGGCGACCCAAUCUCCUCCUACACCCAAACCCACCGCAUCGUCCUUCUAAUCGACCUAAACCCACUCCUCCAUCUCCAAGACCCGACCCAAUACCUCACCUCUCUCCUCUCCUCAAUCAAAACCCUAAUCUCCUUCCCUUCUCUCUCUUCCUCUCUCUUCGCCGCCAGGCCCUUCUUCUCGUCUCUCUCUCCUCUCCUCUCCGCCUCCAAGCUCCCGUCUUCGUCUCUGACGAUCUCUUUCAACUCGCCGGAAGACACUUACCGAUCCCUGUCUCAAACCCUGGCGUCUCUCUCGUUUGACCGGAAGUUGACCGGGUCCGAUUCGCCGCGGGGAGCGUCUGUUGCGGCGGCGAUGCGGCAGCUGGUGCAUGAUUACGCUUGGGAGCCGGUGAUCUGCGACGCCGCCGCGGCGGAGACCGGUACGUUUUCGAAUUGUGGUGGUUUGAGGUCUAAUUUGGCUGUUGUGUUUUCACCGGCGUGUCAAUUUGUGAAUGAGUUCUUGAAUUGUGAGAGUUUGGGGGAUUUGAAUGUGUUUUGUGAGAGGUUUCGAGGGGUUUUCGAGAAUGUGGAUGAGGCAUUUGUGUGUAGAGAUAUUCAAUUGAGUUGGGUUGAUGUUAAGUAUGGAUUCGAUUGUGGUGAGGAUGAGGUUGGAUUGAAAUGUGGUGUUUUUGAGAGGGGGGUUAGGAGUUUAGGGUGGGGGUUUUGCUCAUCUGAUUCGAUUGUGCUUGGUUCGGCUCUUGUUCCGUUUGGUUUGAUUUAUCCAGAGAUUGGGGUGUCAUCUAGGAUUUUCGGGUGUAGUGAUCGAUAUAGGAAGGUUAGAGCACAUUUGAAUCUUGAGAUUUUGGAUGUAAAGGGGAUGCCUUUGGAGUGCAAGUUUUGUGAUCUUGAGUUGGUUGAUUUGAAAAUGUUGCGUAGGAGUAGAGGUGAUGAUGGUUUGUUUUUGGUGGAAGGCAUGAACUCACAGACAAGAGGUCAUGAGGUGAAGAGGCUGUUCUGGGGAAGUGUUGGCAAUGGAGUGUUGAAGAUUCAGGUUAAGGCUUUGCAGAAGGAUAGUGAGUUUGCGAAAUUUAAGGGGGAAUUGUCGGAUCCGAUUCUUGUCUAUGAAGUUUCAGGAAAAGAUGGAAGAGAAGUUUCUGGUGGUUUGUUUGUUGAUAAGGUUCUUGAAAUGCUAUCAGUGGAAUUGGAUGAGUUUGUACCGAGGAAAUUGGUGCCUGUGUGGCAGAUUCUCUUGAGUUUUAUAUACAGGGAGGGUUGCUGGGCUUUAGUGUCUAUUUCUAAUGAUAGUGGUGUAUCACAUACUGGAAUCCUUAAGCCUUUUACAGUUUCAUCAGCUCUUCUGUUUGUUAUGGAGGAAGGAUUUCAUCCUCACGAAAAAGGGCAUGGGAUCGGUGCAGUUGUUAAGGGUCAAUCUCAUCCAAAGAUGAACAGUGAGAUGUGCAAACCUGAUGCUGAUUUGGAUGACUUGUGUGGGUCACAAACUGGGCCUUCACCAUCUGAUAAGCAUGCUGCUGAGAUUGAUGGAAAGAAGAAAAGUAGCAAAAGAAGUUCACAUUCACUCGAAGAUCUCACCUGGAGUUCUUUCUGUAAGGCAGCAUUCAAAUUUUCAGACUUACAUUUGGAAGAGAUUUACUUUGCCAGGCAACGUAGCAGCUCAAAAAGGUUGAAAUUUCUGAAAUGCUGGAUGAAACAGAUUAAAAAACUGAAGUAUCCUAUAACGAAGGAGUCUAAGGUGCACCAGGAAAACCAAAAGGAGAUGAGCAAUAGGUUGGAUUUGUUGCACCAAGAGAGCGAACAGCCAAUGUCAUCGUCUGGUUCAGCUGGAGAAAUUUCUUUCUCUGUGGCUUUUGGAGUACAGGAUGAAGCUGCUCAGGAACAUAGAUUACGAACCUCAGAAGAUUUUUUCAGUAAUUUCUUUGAUAAGAUCCAACAAGGGCUAGAAUCUGAAGCAGUAGACUUGGGGGCAUUUGCACAGCGGCUUGUGAGUCAAUCAAUAUAUUUCUUGACUCAAAAGCAUAGCACAACAUCGCCUUCAGAAGAUCAAACUCCUGUAAAAUCUGACAAUCUUGAUGAUUUGGUUACUGCUGAACUGUUAAAACUUUUACUCAGAGAUCCCAAGGAUAUGGUUGCAAGGCACAAAAGCUAUGAUCCAUCUUCUCAAGCAUCUGAUCCUGGAUGUGAAGGCUUUACUUCAGAAAUAAUAGUUCGAGAAUAUGAAUUACAGAUACUUUUCCGGAUGGAGAUUUUACAAUCAGAAGUUGGAGCAAGUAUCAAAGAUGCUGUGAAACAGAAGUUUGUGAAACAUAUUUGCACGCUUUUGGAGACCAUUCGUGCUCGGUGUCAUCUGGAGGGAGGCUUCUUUGGUGACUGGACCCUAGAAAAUUAUGCUGGAAAGAUGAUAAAAAGCAGGUACUGUCAGACUCUUGAAGACGUGGUUCAUAAAAUCUACACAAAAAUGGAUCUGUUACUGUUUGAUGAUGAGGAAGAACUCCCUAAUAUUUUAUUCAACAGCGAGGAUAGCAGUCAUUCAUACAAAGAAAAACCAGGGAAAGAUGAGGUGGGUGAAAAUAGUAGAGUCAAAAAAUUGGUAUCAGCAGAAGAUGAAUCCCCUGAUCCACAGAAACAUUACAAUGGAAGACCAAGUGCUCAAGUAGUUAAACAAGAAGAGCAUGCUCGCAAGUUGAUGAAAGCUCAAGAGAGUAGAGAGAGGGCUAGGAGAUUUGCUUCUUUUACAAGUCGGGUAGCUGAUUUGCAGCGAGUUUGGGCCCCAAAACAGCCAAAGGCGUUCAAGCCAAAAUCAAAUUCUCUUCCAAAGCCAGCUAAGAGGAAGAACCGUACAGAUUCCUGUUGUGAGAGAGUGUUAGAAACUCCAAUGACAGAAAAUAAACGAAUCCACAUGGAUGAUGAAGAUUACCGUGACUAUGGAAGCGGUUCUGUUUCUAAAUCAUUGUUUCAGGAUGACUAGUAAGUGGAGCUGUAGCCUUUCCCUAGAUGCAAUGGCAUGGAGCUUUCCCAGGUAUAUGCUAAAUAAUAUCUGGAAGCUAUUAGGAAGUUUAACCGAAGUUGGCUCAUCAUAACCAUUUCAACUGUCUGAUAAAAAAACUGAAAAACAUGAAAAAUGUGAUUUUACUCUGUCAACUCUAAUAGUGUUAUCAAUUUGCUGUAAAUGAUACGAAUUGAGUUGUACUUUAGUGUGAUACUAACAUGCAAGUGUGGUAUCUCUCAGCUGGUAGUUCAUUUGUUCAGUCCAUGCAUC